CUCAAAGAAAUGUUUCCACAUUACUUUUUGUUUUGCUCUGUAUGAUGUAACUGUGAGGAGAGAUCUUUGGGAGAGAUUGUCUCUUGUUGCAGGUAGGAUAACCACUCCUUGGGCAAUUAUGGGUGACUUCAAUUCUGUCUUGAAUUCCAGUGAAAGGGUCAACUGUCAUGCUUAUGCCAUGACUGACCUACUUCAAUUUCGAUUGAAUAAUGACCUACUUGAUGCUAAAUCCACUGGACUACAGUUCUCAUGGAAUAGAGGGAACAAAUGGGCAAAACUUGACAGGGUUUUGGUCAAUUGUGAGUGGGAGUUGCUUCAAUGGGAGUGUUGGGCAGAAUUCAAAAACAUGGAGUUUCUGUUUGACCACUGCGCAGUACUACUCCAUCUUAUUCAGAGUUCUACUAAUGGACCAAAGCCCUUCAAGUUCUUCAACAUGUGGAUGAAACACGAGGCUUUUGACAGAAUUGUGGAAGAUGUAUGGCAUUUCAGAGUGACACGCACCAGACAGUUCAGACUUUGCAAGAAACUUAAAAUGCUGAAACAACCUUUGAGACAAUUGAAUAAAAGAGAGUUUGGGCAUAUUUCAUCUAGAGGUGAGCACACAAGGAGCACCUACUCUGAUGUCAUGGGGCAACUACUCAUGAAUCCGAGCAACCCUUCUCUCAUUGCUGAAGCUGAUCUUCUAAGAAAGAAAGUCACCUUCUUCAGUGAUGCGGAGAGGGUCUUCUUCCAACAAAAGGUCAAAUGUGUCCUGAUCAAUGACGGUGAUAAGUGUUCAGAGUUUUUUCACUCCCUGGUGAAGAAACAAGCUUCGAUGAACUCUAUACCUUUCAUUGUCACGGAUCAGGGUACAACCACUUCCUUGAAUAGCAUUGUGGAGGAGUUCCUGGCUUAUUAUAACACCAUCUUUGGAAGUACAGUUCCAACAACACCCAUUGAUUGGAAUGUCUUCAGAGAAGGACCUUUGCUUCUGGUGGAUGAGUUACAAAAUUUGACCAAGGAUGUGGAGAUAACGGAAGUCAAAGAGGCACUCUUUUCCAUGGGAAAUGACAAAGCUCCUUGGCCGAAUGGUUACACGGUGGGAUUCUUCAAUCAGAAAUGGAACACGGUUGGCAAUACUCUCUUUGAGGCAGUCUCAGAGUUCUUCAUCAGUGGCAGACUUCUCAAACAACUUAACCAUGCUAUAGUUGUUCUUAUCCCCAAGAAAAUCAACCAUAUAGCCUUUGCGGAUGAUGUUAUGAUGUUUGCCAGGGGAAACAUUGAUUCAGUGUCAAUCUUAGCAAAAGCCAUACACACAUUUUCCCAAGUUUAUGCCCUUCAUGUGAACCCCCAGAAAUCAAACAUUUAUCUUGCGGGAGAGAUCAAGGAUAAUAGACAAGACAUAUUGGACUUGGUCUCCUUCCCUGAGGGGAAACUUCCGGUUCGAUAUUUGGGUCUGCCUCUUACCUCCCAGAGGGCCUCUGAAAGGGACUUUGCCCCAUUGGUCAACAAGGUUGAUGAGAAUAUCAGGAAAUGGAACGCCAAAACUUUGUCUGUAGCGGGGAAAGUGGAAAUUCUGAGUGCCAUACAAGGAAUUGAAGGCAAGGCUCACUGUUCUAAAAGGAAGAUGUGGAGACUUGCUAUCUUGACUACGGUCUACUACACUUGGAAACUCAGGAAUGGAGUUCGCUUUGACAAUGAGGCUGUUAACAUUGAUGCCGUCACCAAAAUAAAGGUGGGGUGUACAAGAUUCGGUCGUAGUGAAGGCGAUGGUUGGAAGUUCAAACCAGUCGCCCUCCGUGCAUACGUCUGUGGAUGGUUCAAUGUGCCGGACUGGGAGAGUGGUUCAACACAUGAGCAUGCCGGGGUGAAGGUGACAAUCAAAGAUUCUGACCAAACGCCCUCAAUGGAUGGAGACAAAGGGGGGAAUGGUUCAACAUCUGAGCUUGCCGGAGUUAAGGUGACGGUAAAAGAUUCCAACCAGUCGCCCUAUGUGCAUGUGUCAAUGGAUGGCAUCGAAGGGGCAUUGGAAGCCGAGGAGUACAAAUCUCCCUCAUCUCCUGUAACCAACGACUAUGAUGAUGAUGUCAACUUUGUGCCUGAGUCGGAGGAGGUUGAUGGUGAACCAUUGUACCCCAAACUGGUUGUGGCCUAAUUCAAACAAGAAAAGUAUUGGUUCCUU